GUGAACUCAGCCGUUUAGGUUUCUCUUACACAUCCUAUAGCUGUUUUUGCUGUUUCAAGUUCCACUCAUUUCCCAGCCACUGCAUGACUUCACUUUUCCUGUCUUUCAUUGUUUGUCUAACUUGCUUCUUGUUUUAGUCCUACGCAUCCCACCCUUUUUUAGUUUCCUUCUUCUCAUAGUAUUAUUUUAAAAUUAUCUGCGCAACAUGACUUUGUAACAGUUGUAUAACAGCAUUUGUCAGAAGAGGAAAUGAAGGCGUGGCUCACAAGUAUGUUAUAUAUCACCAGACAACAUGAAUAGACUCAGCUGUCACUCUUCCACUCCUUCCUCUUCUUCUCCUCGUUCUUCAAUGGGGAUGGUUUACCCAGACAUGGGUUCUCUUUCCCUUGGUCAAAACUAUGGUAUGGUAGGCUCCAGUGUUUCUUCCUCACAGGAUAGUUAUGCUUGCAAGGGGUCAGAGGUAGAAAAUGAAAGAGUUUAUUGGGGUUUUCAUUUCAUGGGAAAUUGCAAAACAAGGAGCUUUGAGGAAAACCACAGCUCUGAUGUUGUGGAGCGUAAGGGCUCUGAUUGCAGUGAUGGGUUUGGAGAUGAUAAUAGGAACAUUAAUCUCAAUGCCAACUCAAAUGAAGAGAAUCUCAAUCAGAAUGCGGUAAGUGGCAAGGAAACAGAUAGUGGGCAGUCAAAGCUUUGUGCCAGAGGCCACUGGAGGCCUGCAGAAGAUACUAAGCUCAAGGAACUUGUAGCUCUUUAUGGCCCUCAGAACUGGAACCUUAUAGCAGAGAAGUUGGAAGGAAGAUCAGGUAAGAGCUGCCGGCUAAGAUGGUUUAAUCAGUUGGACCCUAGGAUCAAUAGAAGAGCUUUUACUGAAGAAGAAGAAGAGAGGCUAAUGCAAGCUCAUAGGCUUUACGGUAACAAGUGGGCAAUGAUAGCGAGGCUGUUCCCUGGAAGAACUGAUAAUGCAGUCAAGAACCAUUGGCAUGUGAUUAUGGCUAGGAAGUAUAGAGAACAAUCGACUGCUUAUAGGAGGCGGAAGCUGAGUCAAUCUGUGUAUGGAAGGAUGGAAGAAAAUCCAAACUUUGUCUGCACAGAUGCAGCCACAAGAGCAGAACCACACCCAUACUGUCUCAAUAUCCCCAAUAAAGGACUUGGCAUUAUCUCCCAAUAUCAGUUUGGAACCUUCAACGGUGCUGAUGGUGGGGUUAAUGGUAGCUCAAGUAUUUCAUCCCACAUGACCAGUGGGAAAGAAGAAAUCUCAAGCAGCGAGGUCCCUCGUCACAAUGGGUUUUGUGCACAACAGGCACCUUUUGAUUUCUUCCCUGGUCUCAAGAGCAAUGACAUGAUGGGCAUGUUCAGCCAGACCAGAUCUUGGGAUAGGCCCAUUGAUGAACCCCAAAUCUCUGGUUUCUAUCCCCACCACCACCACUCUUCAUACAUGAUGGCAAUGCAACAGUCAGAGUUCCUCAGCUCCCAAAGUCUCACAGAUUCCACUGCAUCAACGGCUCAAGUUUCAGCUAGUGAACCUUCAUCAUCAGUGGCAGGAAGCAGAGCAGCCAGCAGCCACAGCCACUAUAAGACCGUUCCGCCACCAUUCAUAGACUUUCUUGGAGUAGGAGCCACAUGA